GUAGGAGGGUCACAAUGCCAAUACAGACAAAGCCCAAGGGCAUCACAUGUUAAUAUAAUUAGAAAAGGCCCGAAAUUAUUGCACAUUUGCCCCACAAUCCUAUCUUUUGCCACUAUAAAGCAAGCACACUAUCACCUUCUCCACUAUCUACGCCACAAUCACCACCUCACCGAAAAAAAAGCAGCUCAGAGCUAGAGAGAGAAACUAGAGAGAGAGAGAGAGACCUAGGGACAUGGAGGGGAAAGAGGAGGACGUCAGGCUUGGCGCGAACAAAUUCUCCGAGCGACAGCCGCUAGGGACCUCGGCCCAGACCAAGGACUACAAGGAGGCGCCUCCGGCGCCGCUGUUUGAGCCCGGCGAGCUGCAGUCGUGGUCGUUCUGGAGGGCCGGCAUAGCAGAGUUCAUGGCCACUUUCCUGUUCCUCUACAUCACGAUCUUGACGGUGAUGGGGCUCUCAAGGUCCGGGAGCAAGUGCUCGACGGUUGGGAUUCAGGGGGUUGCUUGGGCUUUUGGUGGAAUGAUUUUCGCCCUUGUUUACUGCACUGCUGGGAUUUCCGGUGGGCACAUAAAUCCUGCUGUGACAUUCGGUCUUUUCCUUGCAAGGAAACUGUCUCUUACUCGGGCGAUUUUCUACAUUGUGAUGCAAUGCCUUGGUGCCAUCUGUGGUGCUGGUGUUGUCAAGGGCUUCCAGCCUUCUUUCUACCAGGCUAAUGGUGGAGGUGCCAACACUGUUGCCCAUGGCUACACUAAGGGCAGCGGCCUUGGUGCCGAGAUCAUCGGCACUUUUGUCCUUGUCUACACCGUCUUCUCGGCUACUGAUGCCAAGAGAAAUGCCCGAGACUCUCAUGUCCCUGUUACGUGUACAGUGAACUCGUUUAAGCUUUUGGCUCCCCUUCCCAUUGGAUUUGCCGUUUUUCUGGUUCACUUGGCCACCAUCCCCAUUACCGGCACCGGCAUUAACCCUGCCCGCAGCCUUGGUGCUGCUAUCAUAUUCAACAGAGAUCACGCAUGGGAUGACCACUGGAUCUUCUGGGUUGGGCCUUUCAUUGGAGCUGCACUUGCUGCUCUCUAUCACCAGGUUAUCAUCAGGGCCAUCCCUUUCAAGAGCAGCAACUAAAUAGCGAGCAGAGGCGCAUUCUUGUCCUGCUGUGGGAAUUUGCUUGUGAAAUGUGAAAAGUUGUGAUUGUCUUGCAUGUGAUGUUAUUUAAUAUUCUUAAGAGGAUUUGAGUCUAUUUUAGCUACUUUUGUUGUGUUCUUCUGGUAUCUUAGCCUUUGUGUUGGAACUAUGUUGGCUGUGCUUGUAAAAUGAGACUGGUAUGAGUGUUGUGAUUAUUGUCGUUUGGCCUUCAUUUUUAAAUGUCAGUUUCCUUAGGGUGUGCUUGUUUAUGAAAUAUUUCAUUCAAAAUGAGUUAUUUUAGUUAACUAGAGUUAAUUUUAAAAAAAGUAAUAUAGUUAAUUGUUAGUGGGAUUUUAAUAAUAUUUUAAAAUAAUAUUUAAAAUAAAAUGAUUAUUAAUGAUUUGAUGUAAAAGUAGGAUAGAAAAAUGAUUGAAAAUGAUAGGUAGUUAAAAUUAUAUGAGUGGAUG